AUUAAUAGCAUAGUCUCAAGUUUUACACACUAUGCAAAUAUAUAGCCCCUCUCAUCUCUUGUGAUCACACACAAAACUUAUAGUGUUUUUACUGUUUCUUGCAAGAAAUAUUAUGGGUAGUUCAUCAACUACUUGUCUUCAGCUUAUUUUAGGCCUUCUUCUAGCUCUCGGAACAGUUGCUCCUCGCGUCGAGGCUCGUGCGUUCUUCGUGUUCGGGGACUCACUGGUUGACAGUGGCAACAACAACUACUUGGUCACCACCGCCCGUGCAGACUCUCCUCCUUAUGGCAUAGAUUAUCCGACGCACCGGCCGACCGGCCGGUUCUCUAACGGCCUUAAUAUUCCUGAUAUUAUCAGCCAGCAUAUUGGUUCAGAACCCACAUUGCCAUACUUGAGUCCACAGCUCACCGGGCAAAGAUUACUUGUUGGUGCCAACUUUGCAUCUGCCGGGAUCGGAAUACUCAAUGACACCGGUGUCCAGUUUGUGAACAUAAUAAGGAUUCCAUUGCAGUUGGAUUACUUCCGGCAAUAUCAGCAACGAGUGAGUACACUGAUAGGUGCCCAGCAGACUAAGCGACUUGUAAACCAAGCACUCGUCCUCAUCACUCUCGGCGGAAAUGAUUUUGUUAACAACUAUUUUCUCGUGCCCUAUUCUGCGAGGUCUCGUCAAUAUUCUCUCCCAAAUUAUGUCCGUUAUCUCAUCUCUGAAUACCGCAAAAUUUUGAUGAGGCUCUAUGAACUGGGAGCUCGUAGGGUUCUCGUGACCGGAACCGGACCGCUGGGUUGCGUCCCGGCAGAACUGGGCAUGCGCAGCAGAAAUGGCCAGUGUGUGCCUGUAUUGCAACAAGCUUCAACCUUGUUUAACCCCCAACUCACUCAGAUGCUAAACGGACUCAACAGAAAAAUAGGCAGUGAUGUCUUCAUUGCUACAAAUACACAACUAAUGCACAGUGAUUUCAUCAGCAAUCCCCAAGCAUAUGGAUUUGUUACAUCAAAGAUAGCAUGUUGUGGGCAAGGACCAUACAAUGGGAUUGGUCUCUGCACCCCUCUCUCCAACCUGUGCCCAAACAGAGACUUGUAUGCAUUUUGGGAUCCAUUCCACCCUUCUGAAAAGGCAAACAAAAUUAUUGUACAACAGAUCAUGACUGGAUCGACUGAGUACAUGCACCCCAUGAAUCUCAGCACCAUCCUGGCCCUGGAUUCUAAAGCAUGAUCAUGUUCUUGAUCUCUUUAUAUCUAUAUUUGGGCUUACCUAGUGUGCUUAUCUGAAUUUUUUUAUGAUGUUGUGGAGUGUAAUGUGUUUGAUAAUAAGGUUAGUGUUUCUCAGUUUCCUCAUUGGUAAACAGAUUUAUACAAGUGUUUAAAGGCCAAAGACCUUGGAUUAAUAAUCAUGAGGAGUUAUUGUUUCACAGUUUGACACUAUGAUGUUGUGGAGUGUAAUGUGUUUGAUAAUAAGGUUACUGUUUCUCAGC